AUGGUCAACCUGAGGAAAGACAGUGAUCUGACCUCAGCCGUCCGCGACCCAAACGCCCUCUUCCAACUACCCAUGUCUGCCGUCGGCGAUGAACCGAGGACGGCAGCGGCGGUGGCAGCCCCACCACCGCCGCCCUCUGCGACCGUGGCGCCCUCGGACAACACAAACAUCGCCGGCGAACAUGGCCGACCUCAUUCCCCAACCCCCUCCUGCUCCUCCUCCUCUUCCUCCAGCUUUCCCCUCCCCACGCUCCGUCUCGAGGUCCGCGACGUGAUGCACCCUGGGGCUCACCGCUUUCUUUCGCGCGUCGACGCCUCCACCACCCUCCCGACAGCCGUUGGCAACGUCCAGCGCAUACUGUACAACACCCCCAAGGAUCACACCACGCACCUGCCGCCCACGCGCUCCGUGACACUCAUCCUGCGAGACAUGGACGGCGUCGCCUACACCACCGGCAGCGAGCUCGACUCAGACCACAAAGAGAUACACUUUUCGCUAGACUACAUCGAGAGCAUCCGCAAGCGAGACAAGUGCAGCGGCGACGAGGACGACGGGAUCGCACACGAGAUCGUCGGCGUCAUCACCCACGAGCUGGUGCACUGCUACCAGUGGGACGCCAAGGGCACCUGCCCGGGCGGUCUGAUAGAGGGGAUUGCCGACUUUGUGCGGCUGCGGUGCGGGCUUUCGCCUCCCCACUGGGAAAAGGACUUGGAAGGGAGCUGGGAUCGCGGAUAUCAGCACACGGCCUAUUUCCUUGACUACCUGGAGCGCAGAUUUGGCGACGGAACAGUCCGCAAGAUCAACGAAGGGCUGAGGGCUAGUAAGUAUGAGGAGAAGCGCUUUUGGACCGAGAUGGUCGGGCGCCCGGUCGAGCAGCUAUGGGGAGACUAUGUGAAGGCUUCUAAAUGUGAUGAGGCUCCAGCAGUAGUAGAAACAGCCAAGACCGUUGCGUAA